CUAGUGGGUGGAGAAAAGUGCCUGCAGCCAACCAGGGUCAGGCUGUGCUCACAGUUUCCUCCGGCAGCAUGUAAAGGCUCCACAAAGGAGUUGGGAGUUCAAAUGAGGCUGCUGCAGACGGCUCCUGGAAGGACCCUAAGUCCUGAGCAGAGCUGUCCGAAACCCCAGAUUUGCAGAGCAUGGCACUGAGGCAGCUGCCGGCUCCCACUGCAAGGGAAGGCAGGCUGUGAGUGGCCCCUGCAGGACCCACGGCCAGUCCCCGCCUGCCCCAUAACCGGCUGGAGCGCUGCUGUGGAGGCAGAGUGAGCAAAGGCCAACAAAGCAGGGUUGCUGAGCUGCCGCCAGUCGGCCUGUGUGUGACUCGGGGACCCUUCCUGGAGGCCAUGGACAGGCUGCCCUGCUGACGGCCAAGUUGAAGCAUGUGAAGAGCUGCUUCGGGAGCCAAGCAGGAGGGAAGAGAUUUUCAUAGACUCUAUUCACAAAGAAUAACCACCAUCUUGCAAGGACCAUGAGGCCACUGUAUGUGACAUGCUGGUGGCUGGGACUGCUGGCUGCCAUGGGAGCUGUGGCAGAGCAGGAAGAUGGCUUUGAGGGCUCUGAGGAGAGCACACAAAAUGAAUUCAUUUACCUGAAUAGGUACAAGCGGGCAGGCGAGUCCCCGGACAAGUGCACUUACACCUUCAUUGUACCCCAGCAGCGGGUUACAGGUGCCAUCUGUGUCAACUCCAAAGAGCCUGAGGUGCUCCUGGAAAACCGAGUGCACAAGCAGGAGCUGGAGCUGCUCAACAAUGAGCUGCUCAAGCAGAAGCGGCAGAUUGAGACGCUGCAGCAGCUGGUGGAGGUGGAUGGCGGCAUCGUGAGUGAGGUGAAGCUGCUGCGCAAAGAGAGCCGCAACAUGAACUCACGGGUCACGCAGCUGUACAUGCAGCUUCUGCAUGAGAUCAUCCGCAAGCGGGACAAUGCGCUGGAGCUCUCCCAGCUGGAGAACAGGAUCCUCAACCAGACAGCCGACAUGCUGCAGCUGGCCAGCAAGUACAAGGACCUGGAGCACAAGUACCAGCACCUGGCCACACUGGCCCACAACCAAUCGGAGAUCAUUGCACAGCUUGAGGAACACUGCCAGCGGGUGCCUGCAGCCAGGCCCAUCCCUCAGCCGCCCCCUGCCACGUCGCCCCGGGUCUAUCAGCCACCCACCUACAACCGCAUCAUCAAUCAGAUCUCCACCAAUGAGAUUCAAAGUGACCAAAACUUGAAGGUGCUGCCACCCCCUCUGCCCACCAUGCCUACCCUCACCAGCCUCCCGUCCUCCACAGACAAGCCAUCAGGCCCUUGGAGAGACUGUCUGCAGGCCCUGGAGGAUGGCCAUGACACCAGCUCCAUCUACCUCGUGAAGCCAGAGAACACCAACCGUCUCAUGCAGGUGUGGUGUGACCAGAGACAAGACCCUGGAGGCUGGACUGUCAUCCAAAGGCGCCUGGAUGGCUCAGUCAAUUUCUUCAGGAACUGGGAGACAUAUAAGCAAGGGUUUGGGAACAUCGACGGUGAGUACUGGCUGGGCCUGGAGAACAUUUACUGGCUGACGAACCAAGGCAACUACAAACUGCUGGUGACCAUGGAGGACUGGUCUGGCCGCAAGGUCUUUGCAGAAUACGCCAGCUUCCGCCUGGAGUCAGAGAGCGAGUAUUACAAGCUGCGACUGGGGCGCUACAAUGGAAAUGCUGGUGACUCUUUCACCUGGCACAACGGCAAGCAGUUCACCACCCUGGACAGAGACCAUGAUGUCUACACAGGAAACUGUGCCCACUACCAGAAGGGAGGCUGGUGGUAUAAUGCCUGUGCUCACUCCAACCUCAAUGGCGUCUGGUACCGUGGGGGCCAUUACCGGAGCCGCUACCAGGACGGAGUCUACUGGGCUGAGUUCCGAGGAGGCUCCUACUCGCUCAAGAAAGUGGUGAUGAUGAUCCGGCCCAACCCCAACACCUUCCACUAAGCCAGCUCCUCCUCCUGACAUCUCAUGGCCAUUGCCAAGAGCCUUCCUCAGCCAUAUUGGCCCCAGGACAAAAAACCAACUCUUCGUCAAUCCAUCUUAUGGCUAGGAGGACUGGGGUGCUGGAUUCUGGUUUCUGAAGUCACUGCAGCAAAUAAUGGAACUGAAUUGAUACAGUAUUCUUUGUCCUUACUACUUUUCUUCACACCAGACAGCCCUUUUGUUUCCAGGACAGGACAGGACUGCAGACAACCCUUUCUUUAAAUAAAUUAAAUUCCUACAAUAAAAACAUUACUGUAAAAUACCUUCAUAACCUACAUGUGUAUGAGCCUACCUUGUGCCCUUAUGUAAAUAUACAUAAGUAGACACAGACCUAAAUAUAUAUGUAUUUAGAUAUAUAUCUCACAUAUCUAGAUACAUAUAUAAAUUUGCCAUAUAUACCUAAAUACACAUAUAUUCAAUUCUCAGAUAUCAAAGCUGUUACCAACACUUUGCUUUUUAGGAGAAAAGCAUUUCAUUCAUGUUGUAUUACUUGAGUCACAGAUUAGAUUAUAGACUCUGUAGCCCCAAUUCAAAGAAUAAUCCUUGGCAUCUCUAUGCCUGGAUUCUUCCAGGAGUGUCUAUAAUACUAUUUCUCUCUUAAAAACCCCUUUAGCACCUAACCAAAUUUCAAAAUUUACCUUUCCAUUUUUAUAAUUUUCCCAUUCUCAGGACUUUUCCACCAUCUAUUCAUCUCUUCAUCCUUCCAUCCCUCCAUCCAUCCCUUCCUCCCUCUUCCCUCCCUCCCUCCCUCCAUCCAUCCACUUAUCCAUUCAUUCAACAGCCAUUCAUUAAGUGUUUUCUGUGCAUCAGCCACUGGCUGCUCACUGCAGUUCAAGGCACCUUUCCUGCCCCUCCUCUGGUCCUUGCCUACCUAUUCCUUAUCUCUUCUGUUGUACCAUGCUUUCUUUCCAGACAAGACUCCUCAGCCUCUGAGUGGGAAACAGUCCAGGCUCCAGGUUUCUGGUCAGGAAAGGGGAGGUCAGGCCGCAAAGCUAACCACCAGCCAUAUAGAUAAUGUAUUCACAGUUUUGUAUUUGCCAAUCACACUUUAGCCUACAUGUCAUUUUAACCUUCACAGAAAUAAUAACCUACCUUGCCCAGGAGGUAUUCAAUUUAAGAGAUAUGUCGGGACCCCCAAAUGGCUACAUAUCAAAGGUCCCAUGCUCUCAGCCAACUUGAGAGUCAGCAUCUCAUCCCCAAACUACACUUCCCUGGAAAACAGAAGCCACCGAAAAUGAGAACUGGCCACUUCUCGUGAGUUACUGAACAAU